UGACAUAAACAAAUUCUUGUAUUUUUACAGGACCAAAUUCCAGAAAAAUAAUUCAUUCAUUUCGUUGUAUUUUCGCGAUAUGAUUACAUGUUUUGCUGUAGAUUGUUGAUAUACGAUUGAGGGGCAGACGUUUUGCUGUCUGCUGACUUUUUGCUCGUGGCACCUUUUCAAGGGUGGUGUUAUUCACGGGAACAGUGUUAUCUGCCGAAAGUGCUACUGUAGCUGCUGCUGCUGAUAUCGAUUAUCGCGUAUCGGUUCGUUUGGAAUUCGGCGCUACCAACGUGAUUCCGCCACAUCGUGAAAGCAGAGCGCGUUGGCAUUGGAGGUUCGUAGGAUAAAGGACAUCCGCAGAUGCGUAUGGUUUCGAGGGAUUGUAGAAAAGUUCUUGAUCUGACGGAAGUCUGGAAUUGUCCUGGAUAAAACUGCAGUGAUCAUGAAGCGGAAUAAUUUAAUGUACUCAUUUACAUCACUGUUCCUGCUUGUUUGCGUGGGAGAAGUUAUUGGGCAGUGCUUAUUAAAUCCCACAUUAAAGAAGGACGAUGACAAGAAGGCCACCAAACCGAGACAAACUCUGCUGGAUAGAAUUAACAAGAUAGACCCGUCAAUCCGUAACACCGAGAUCACAGCGGUGUACGGUGAUAAGACUUACUUCUUCAAAAUAUGCCCGGAUCGUGCAAAUGUGAAUGAUAAUUCUUCCUUCUACGAAAAGGAAAAAGCAGAUACGCGCACCCUUGGACGAAUGAAUGAAACCGAUGCCAUUCUUGCUUCCACCGGGGAUAUUUUAUUGCUGACGUACACCAAUGGCGAUGACUAUAAUAAUGCUUGCAACAAAACCGAACGUCGCGCAGUAACGUUGAUAAGAAGCACUUCCGUUGAAAAGCCCGUGUUGGUUCUCACGGAGGAAUCUGUCGGCCAGGGCGAAGAUUUCUGUUAUUAUGUGUUCGAACUCUUCGUGCCUUCCACUUAUUUUGGAGAUAUUUUGAAACCAUACGCAGGUGAUUUGUUUGCGUCCACUCCCCCUGUUACUGUCCCUACCACUGUCCACGUCGAGCCAACUGUUGUGUCGACUCAGAAGUCUGUUGUUACGUCGUCAUCUACUGCAACAGGUACGACAGGUGCAGCUCGUGGCAUUCCUGCGGCGCAGACGGGAUCAGCUACUGCCUCGACUGCGGCUCUUAGCACGGGAUCUAUUAUCUUAAUACUAGUUCUUGUCCCAUUGUUUCUCUUUUUCGCCGUGGGAAGUGCGUAUAAACGGUUCGUUGUUGGUGCACAAGGCUGGGAGCAGGUUCCCUUUAUUGAUUUCUGGCGUGGAUGUUGGUCAAUGCAAGCAGAUGGUUGGAGGUACGUCUUCGGGCGUCGUGUACGCGGUAACAGCUACAACGAUUACACAGCUGUCAGUACAGACGAAGAACGCCAACCAGCUCUGGACCGCGGCAGCUCGUCGAAUAAUAAUGAUGACCACUUGUUGCCAAUGUGAUCUGACUUGGACAGCUUUUUUUUACUGAUUGUUCCCUUGGAAGUACAUGGAUUUCUUGAAUUUCUUGUUGUUCGAGUCUUUAUGAUGAGACUUAAAGCUUUAUUUCCCAUACCAAAAAUGCACUUUAUGACAUGGGUGAUGCUUGUGAUUGCCGGCUCGGUGUGCAGUUCUAAUUGAGCAUUCACAAGUACGCAGCUGAAAAUAAUGCAGCACAUGGGAUUGUGAUAAGACAUUUUCUUAUUCCUUAAACAUUUCGUUUGGUAAAAUUGAAAAACUUGG